GAGGAACUGAGAGAGCAAGAGAGAGAGAGAGAGAGAGAGAGAGAGAGCACACACACACGGAGAGAGCCCGAGGAGCACAUUCUUACACGGCACAAAGCAGUUGCUUGGACGACCGGAGACGGAGCGAAAGACAGGAAUCACAACACAAAGGAAAGGAAAAGGAAGAAGAACCAGAGUGGGGGGUAAAAAAAAAACGCAGGUUCUGUGUUUUAAAAAGUGUGAGCUUUGGGACUGAGAUAGGGUGAAGAUUAUAUUCUGAAACCUCUGGAGAAAGAUUCAAAUAUUCCUAUCAUUUUAAGAGAGCUUGUGUGAAAUUUCUUCAGAGAAAACAACUCCUGCAGCAGGAUUCAAAGGCCAGAGGCUGUGCACCAGUAGCCUAGUGAAAUACGGAAUUAAUGACAGUGUCCUUGUCUUCGAAAACGCCAUUUUCGAAUAGCCUGGCAAACUUUGGAGGCUGCUGCGUAAUUCAAAUCUGUUUUAUCACACUUUCACUGUAUGUGGAGAUAACAAACAGUUACGCCAGGCCAGCAGUGAUAUAACUGCCUGUGUGUCUCUGUAAUACCAUGGAUUCAGAGGAUGAGCCCUUGUUGCUUCAGGCUAUGUGGGAUUUUAGUGAGUAUGAUGAACAAGAUGAUGAAGAAGAGAAGGAAGCUUGUGAUGAAGCAGUUGAAGUAAUCAGGGGAGAGCCAGUCUGUAGAGGAUUGUGGUGGUCAGUAGGAUGGAUUUACACUCGGCCCUGGGCCAGUGGAGUGGUACUUGUUGUAGGAUUCCUGCUUCCCUUAACUCUUUCUGCAUACAUGUUUGUCUACUGUGAGCCUCUGGACAUUGAUCUCUCCUACAGUGCCUUUGAAGUAAGGAGCCAUUCAUCUGCAGAACGCUUCGAUGCACUCACCGUUGCACUGAAAAGCCAAUUAGGGUCUUGGGAUAGACACCGGCGUGACGCAGAGGGGUUUGAUUUUGAAUCAAAUGCCCUUAGGGAUUUCCUGUUGCUGAAAUUAAACAGACAGGAGAAGCAGCCUGUGGUGGCCAGUCAGACACAAUUAUCUAAGGUGUUUGGUAAUAGACCUGGUAAUUUUGAGGAACCACGAAACCAGGAAGCCAGAUUUAACACUAAAACAGACCAAAUGGUGCUGAAUGGUGAGGAACCAGAGGGGAAAAUAAGACCCACUAGAAAUGGGACAGAAUCUAACAGAACACAAGUGAAGGAAGAAUCAAGUUCAGCUCUUGUCAGAAAGCCAAGAUUCGCAGGUUAUUCCUACCUUCAGACGCAGGCUCUCUGGAGGAUGGAGCUGGUCUUUGUGGCUCAGGGUGACAAGGACAACAACAUCUUUACUAAGGAGCGUCUUCACACCAUCCACCAUGUGGAGCGACUCCUCAUGCAACAUCCACAGUUUCAGCAGUUUUGCUGGAAGCCUCUGGAAGUGUUAAGGGACCUUCCACUGGGGCCUUCAUACUGCUCACCCCCAAGCUCCCUCCUCUCCUACCUCUUCCCCAGCGAGCGAGGAGGGAAAAUCUACUUUGAUGGCAUGGGCUUAGACCUGGCAGAUAUACAAGGUGCUUUGAGUCUGGCAAUAACCCACCCCCAGUUUUAUUGGUAUGUGGAUGAGACACUCACUCCAGACAACCUCCGUUCCUCCCUCCUUCGCAGCGAGAUCCAUUUUGGAGCACCACUGCCAUCCUUCUACUCUCUACAAGACCGACCGCUGGAGCAAAGACGAAGGUUCAGGGACUUUGUGGUCCAAUAUGCGGAUAUUUUGGCUCAGCAAUCCACCAGCAAGGUGAAGGUGCUCUAUGGGGGAACAGAGCUUUUUGAUGAUGAGGUCAGAAGGACAUUUCACAGCGACAUGUUGCUAGCAUUAUUUAGUGGCGCCUGUAUUGCAGUGCUGGUCUAUAUCCUCACUUCAUUCUCAUUGUUUCUCACAUUCUUUGGCUUGGCUAGCAUUGGCUUGAGCUGCCUGGUGGCUCUGUUCCUCUAUCAUGUGGUGUUCAGGGUGAAGUACCUGGGCAUUCUUAAUGGUGUUGCAGCUUUUAUAAUCAUUGGCAUUGGUGUGGAUGAUGUGUUUGUCUUUAUCAGUACGUUCAGGCAGGCAGCUCAUGUUGUAGGAGCUGAGCAGCGUAUGCUCCAUACUGUGAAAACAGCAAGUCGUGCCACCUUCCUCACUUCCUUCACCACGGCAGCCGCUUAUGCAGCCAAUGCCUUCUCGCAGAUCCCGGCAGUGCAUGACUUUAGUCUGUUCAUGUCUCUCAUCGUGAGUUGCUGCUGGCUCUGGGUGUCCAUUCUAAUGCCCGCUGCCCUCUGCAUUUGGAAUCAGUGUGCUGCUGCCCAUGUUAACGCCUGUCCAAAAUGGUGGAGAACUCUGAAUACACUCUCAGUUAAUCCAAGCCCUCUUUCUGAUGAGGAUGAUGAUGUGGCUCUUUUGACUGUUGAGACAGAACCAGAUCUCCAUGACUCUGAGUUUGAUGCGGCUCUGCUGCGGCUCCCGGAGUCGUCUACAGAAGGGAACAUUGGUUUGGUCAGUGCCAAGCUGCAGAGGGCACUGCGAUCCUGGGUGGCUGAGCCUGUAGUGAAGAGACGUAAAGCAAUUAUAGCUCUAUAUAUCGUGGUCCUGCUUAUGUCAGCAUGCUGCUGCGGCCUCCUUAAACCAGCCAGUCAUGCUCCUGCGCUUUUCCACCACAACACCAACUUACAGCAACUGCUAGAUCUCCGUAGCAACCUAAGCGCUCAGGGGAUCUCAUGUCAUAUGUGCUCAGGAGUGUUUAUGGAAACACCGCACAGCUUGCACAGCAGUGUUCACGCCAUGAGCUCCACAUCAAGGAAAAACUCCCCAUCAAGCCAAGCAGCAGGGAGUCUAAGAGAGCAAAACACUGUUAACGCUACACACACUGCAACAGAUGGCCUUCUGACAGUUUUUGUGUCUAAGCUGGAGGUGGAUGCACCUGUCACCCUCUAUCGCUACUCUCUUAGUGCCAGCAUGCCCGCUCCCUGGAGAGCGCUGAGCCCCAGGCAUGGAGACGUGCCAUCAUUUCAGGCAUAUAACAGUUACCAUGGCAACUUUACUACACGGCUUACAGUGUGUGUGUCGCAUGCCUACCAUCCACGGCCACGAUGGAUGUUGACCCUGGGGUCAUGCGAUCCUCGCCAUGGCUGGAGGUCAAACUUCAGCUUCUUCGUGGCACAUAGUGAGCAGAAGAACAGCAGGAAGUUGUAUUUUGCUCAGAACACCUUAAGCCCGUAUCCUAGCCGUGUGUGUGAUGGACCGCCAGGAUGUAUGGUCGGCUCUGGGCAUGACGGUCCCACUCAGGGCAGUUUCUACACCCCUAUGCCUGCAGCCCCUAAAGAGGUGAAGAGUUCAAAGACAUCUGGCUUUAACCCGUGUAACGGAGGCGGAUGUGGGAAGCCAGCAGUACGUCCGCUGGUGGACACCGGAGCCAUGGUGUUCGUCGUGUUCGGGAUACUCGGCGUCAAUCGCACUCAACGCUCAGACAACCAUGUUAUUGGAGAUCUGGGCAGUGUGAUCUACGAUCCUGACUUUGAUCUCUUCAAUGAAAUUGGUCACUUAUGCCGACUCUGCAAAGCCAUCAGUGCCAAUACACAGCUUGUCAAGCCUGGUGGGGCACAGUGCUUGCCUUCAGGCAACAGUCUCACAUCUAUUCUUCCUCUCCUCCAUCCUGAAUGUCAGUCUCUUCCUGAGCCCAAUCUCCUGCCUGGCCAGCUAUCCCAUGGUGCAGUGGGCAUGCAGGGGGGGCGAGUACACUGGAUCUCCAUGGCUUUUGAAUCAACCACCUACAAAGGAAAGUCCUCAUUUCAGGCAUAUUCAGAUUUUCUGCAGUGGGAGAGCUUCCUUCAGGAGCAGUUAGCAUCUCUUCCACAAAGUUCAAGUCUGCGACGCGGAUUUCAGACCUGCCAGCACUGGAAGCAGAUAUUCAUGGAGAUAAUAGGUGUGGAGAGCGCCCUUUACAGUCUGCUUCUGUCCUUGGCCAUCUGUAUAGCGUCCGUCGCUGUGUUUACUGUCCAUCCUCUACUACUGCUGCCUAUCCUGCUUAGCAUUCUGGGUGUGGUGUGUCUCGUGGUGGCAGUGAUGUACUGGUUGGGCUGGGAGAUGGGUGCAGUGGAGGCAAUCUCUCUCUCCAUCUUGGUCGGAUCGUCUGUGGAUUACUGUCUGCACCUGGUUGAGGGUUUCCUGCUCGCUGGAGUUACGGAAAUCACGGGGACUGUCAGUCACAGCAUGGACCCAUCGUCUGAACGUCAGCAGAGAACACUGGAAGCUGUCGAUCAUGUCGGAGUCGCCAUAGUAUCCAGCGCGAUCACCACAGUGAUAUCAACCGUGCCACUGUUUUUCUGCACGAUUAUGCCUUUUUCAAAGUUUGGGCAGAUUGUGGCUAUUAACACUGCCAUCUCCAUAUUAUUUACCCUUGUUGUGACCACAGCCCUCCUAGCCACAAUGGGGCCAUCACGUUUUACUCGGCCACCGCGAGCAGUUCUCAAAGCCAGCCUGGUGGUGCUUGUGGUGGGGCUUUCAGGGUGUCUGUUCUGGUGGACUGGAUCCCAACUGAUCCCCUCUAGCUGGAACUCACUUAUUACUUAGAUCUGAUGAUGUCUGCUGAUCUGAUAAAGACUGAAUUAUUAAGUGUAGUGAUUCAACCACUGAAUGUAUUUGGUGUGUAAAUUAUUGGGAUGUACAUGAUACUGUAUACAUGAUACUAUUUAGUUGAAAUUAAAGGUCGGUCUUUGUGGGAUGCCUUAAAGGAAAGAUCCACCACAAUUCGCUUGCAUAUUAUUUAUAUUUACAAUCCGCAAUGACGGAUUUUUGUGCUUUUUAAACUUCUCUCAUUGACAAUGUUCUAUUUUCAAAGCUUGCCUACAUUACCCACAAUGCUGUUUGAAAAACUGCCGAUAGUAGCGCCAAUGGGAUUUAGGCCUUGCUUCAUCUCAAGUUUUCAACGGUGACGCAGCAAAGCUUCAGUCCUUUAGUCUGUCCGACUUUCUCGCUUCCUCAUAUGUACAUUCUGUUCAAACAUUUCAGCUUUCAAAGCUUUAAUGUUCAUGCUAAUCUUACCAAUAGCAGCAUCAUGCUGAGUCCAACACUUGCACUAUUGUUAGAGUUCUCAUUAGUAUGACAUUGAGCAUGUCUGAAAAAUGGUGAGAAAUGAAACACGUUUCUUUUGUUUUUAGGAGAUAAUACCAAUAAUCGACCAUUAUCCCAUACCUUCGAGAUUAUUGAAAUGAUUGUUACUACCUUGGCAACAUCCCCGUUCUCACAGGAAUAGCAGAAAUACAGCACAGAUCAACAAAUCAGCAUGACAAUCACUAAAGCACAUCACAAUUAUUUUCAAUCUAAAUCUAAACACAUAGAAAGUCUUUCAGGGUGGAAUUUUCAUUUAGGUAUCAGCAGCGAAUGUGAUGAAGAUGAACGCAACUCACUUAUGGAAGAAUUCAUUAUGUAGACCGGAAAUGUUUUUCUUUGAAUCUUUAUCUGGUUUAAUGAAUAAGAAUAAAAAAAUGGUCCUGGGAGAUUUUGGAUAUGCUUUCUACCUCAGGUUAUUAAAAAGAAAAGAAAAGAAAAAAGAACCUGUUCAAGUAUCAAUAAAAGAAGAUUGAGUCUAAUAAAAAUAUUUUACUAUGCUUCAGCUUCAUCCUGUGGGACCGCUGAAGAAAAGUUGGACUUUAAAAAUAUUAUUAAGAAAAAGUCAUUCAAACUGACACGGAGUUCAUACACAAAUGAAAUAUAGCCUUUUUCAUUGUAGUCAGUUGAUGGUACUGUGUAACCAUCGCUAGGUUUAAGUACUAUCUACUAUUGUAAGUAUUUUGUAUAAGGAUUUGUUUUGUGAAACUGACCAACAAGCUGUUCUAUUGGUUUUAUAUCACUGUAAAUCUGUAUGAGUAGUUGACAUGUUUCUUGUUGAAGAAAAAAAACUUUAUACACUGUGUAGUGUUGUAUAAAUGCUAUGCUAUUGGUUCUCAUACAUCAAAUCAAUACACUAACCUUGAGGGGAUUUACAGUCUUUUGUAGUUUGUGAUGUGUCUUUUUUUUUUUUUUUUUUUGAAAGUUACGAGCAAAACGCUGCAUGUCUUGACCCCCUUUUUGAACCUGUCCUGGUAUUAAAGAUUGUAUUUAACCAUUACAGAGAACAUCUCCUUAGAAAAGAUGGCUGUUAGUAGUGGCUGCAGUUGUUGCAGAUUUUGUCUUAAACAUACCUUUAUAUGGACAUUAAGGAUCGCAUAGACUAGUCGUGCAAUAUAUUCGCUAGUUGCCACGGCGGCGAGCUCGAGGUUGGUCCGAUCAAGUGGAAAAAAAUAGCAGGAAAAGCAGAUGCUAAAGAAAACGUGCAUGUUGGUCUGAAAACAUUUCAAACAAGAUGAAGUCAAUUUUUCAGUCAAAUGCACAUGACUGCAUUAGGGAAGGUUUUUUUUUUCUUUCCCAUCUUUUGCUUUAAUGGGC